CCGAACCCGUCGCCGUUAUCCCACCACUUGCGGUCUACGCAACGCCUCUUUAAUCUCCUCUCUAGUCGAACUGAGCUUGAUCAUCCGCUGUGCGCUGAAUGCACGGAUAUUCUGUUGACGAACUUGACACGGCAGCUAGAAGAGACGAAGAAAGAGAGGGACGGUUACAUUGCGUUUGAAAAAGAUGUGCGCAAGGAAAAAGAGCGCGAAGGGGAAGGCAUGAGUAAAGAAGAGGCAGAGCACAAAAUUCUCAGACUCAAGGAGGAGGAGCGCUUGGCAGUCGAGAAGCUCCAGGCCGCCGAGCGGGAAAGAGAACAAUUAGCCGAGGAGUUACGAGCCCUCGAGUUGGAGGAGAAAGUGCUAGAGGAAGAAGAGGCUGAGUUCUGGCGCGUGCACAAUGCACAUCUGCUCAAAUCCGCAGAACAAGCCUCACAACUCGCCGCUCUUCGGGCGGCGUACGCUGCGGAUUCUGCUACCCUUGAGAAGCUCGAGCGGACAAAUGUCUACAACGACGCUUUCUGCAUCGGUCAUGAAGGUGUGUUCGGCACAAUCAAUGGCCUCAGGCUUGGUCGAGUGCCUGGCGUUCCGGUAGAAUGGGCAGAAAUCAAUGCUGCUUGGGGCCAGACGCUGCUUCUGCUCUAUACUAUUGCCAGGAAGCUCGAUUUCACGUUCGAGAACUACCACUUGAUUCCCAUGGGCUCCUUCUCCCGCAUCGAGAGAACCACUGGAGACAAGGCGACGUAUGAGCUGUACGGCUCCGGCGACCUGCAUCUCGGACGUUUACUACACAACCGACGUUUCGAUUUUGCCAUGGUUGCGUUCCUGGACUGCUUGAAGCAAUUGGUCGACUAUGUCAAGUCGCAAGAUGCUCAGGUCGAUUUCCCACAUCAGAUUCUCAAAGACAAGAUAGGCGAAGCUUCGGUUAAGCUACAAUUCAGCCAGGAAGAGGCAUGGACCCGUGCUCUGCGGCAUGUAUUACUCGCUCUCAAAAUCCUUUUGAAAUGGACGACGAAU